AUGACUGUUAAUACCAAAGAACAAAAAAGAAAACCACUUAUUAUCAACGCAUUUGAUAUGGGUUGUAGUGGACUACAAGCCCCCGGAUUAUGGAAGCACCCAGAAGACAGAUCAAAAAAUUAUAAUUCUAUUGAGUACUGGACGGAUUUGGCUAAACUAUUAGAGCGUGGAAAAUUUAAUGGAUUAUUCAUUGCUGAUGUCUUGGGUGGGUAUGAUGUUUAUAAUGGUCCUGGAAAUAUUAAAGCUGCGGCUAUAUCUGGGGCCCAGUGGCCUAUUAUCGAACCGAGUGCUGUGGUGUCUGCCAUGGCCGCAGUUACUAAGAAUUUAGCAUUCGGUAUUACCUUCAGUACUAUUAGUGAAGCCCCCUACCAUUUAGCAAGAAGGUUAGCUACUUUAGACCACUUGUCUAAUGGAAGAGUUGGUUGGAAUGUUGUUUCUUCGUAUUUGGAUAGUGCUGCCCGUAACUUAUUAAAUGGUGAAGAUUUACCUCCACACGAUGAAAGAUAUGUCAGAACGGAAGAAUAUCUACAAGUUGUGUAUGAAUUAUUGUUAUCUUCUUGGAGUGAUGAUGCGGUAAAAUUAGACAAAAAAAAAGGAGUUUAUUCUGACCCUGAAAGAAUUAGACAGAUCGACUUCGAAGGUAAAUAUUUUAAGGUUCCGGGACCAAAUAUUACUGAUCCAACUCCCCAGAGACUUCCAGUCAUAUUGCAAGCGGGAACCUCAAAAGCAGGUAAGAAUUUUGCAGCUAAGAAUGCUGAAAUUGUCUUCAUAACUAACUUCACUCCAGAGAGCUUAGCUGGGCAAAUCUCAGAUAUUAAAAAGCUUUCUACUGAAACAUAUGGAAGAGAGGAAGAUGCCAUAAAAUUUGUCCAAUUAGUAACAACAGUUAUUGGGGAAACACAUGAAGAAGCUGAAGACAAGUAUAAGGAUUUGAAACAAUACGGUGAUCUAGAAGGAGCCCAGGCAUUAUUUAGUGGUUGGACAGGCAUUGACAUAGGCCAAUUUAAUCCUGAAGAUGAAUUGAAAGACGUUGGUAGUAAUGCAGUACGUGGGUUCAUCGAUAAUUGGACAAAGUUAUCGCCAGGUGAUCCUGUUGAUCUUAAAAAGACUAGAGAAUAUGUGGCUAGCCAAAUUACGGUAGGUGGAUUAGGUCCUGUGUUCUAUGGGACACCUGAUGAAGUAGCUGAUGAAAUAGAAAGGUGGGUAGAUAUUUCAGGUGUUGAUGGUUUUAAUUUUACUUAUGCCAUUCAGCCUGGUACGUUUGAAGACAUCGUCGAUCAUUUGAUUCCCGUUUUGAGAAAGCGUGGUUUGGCUUGGGAUGACUACCCUCGUGAAGGCUUAACAUUUCGGGAAAAUGUGUUUGGUACGGAUGGUAAAGAUCCAAGUUUUGUAAGGCCUUCACAUCCUGCUUAUGAACUAAGAUGGAGAUCAGGUGUCUCUAAAGAGGAAUUUGAAAGUAAAUUGAGAGACAUCAAGAAUACUAAGUGA